AAAUUAAUUUCCAAACUGAUUAGGCUGCCAACUCCUUUUAUUUAAAUAAAUCAACAAUUGCCUUCAUGUGACUCCUGCUGAAGAACGCAGAGCCGAUCCUGACUCGUCCCAGGAGGAAGUUUGGUGCCGCCUGCGAGGACCAAUACCCCAGCGCGUUCUGGGCACAGGCAGGCGCUGUGGCUGCAGCCGCAGGGAAAUUUCCCUCUGCCCACUGCUCCGGAUGUUGCGGCUUCACCAUCGCCCGAGCCAAUCUCACCGCCGGCUGCUGUGCUUGUGCUCUCCCCGGCCCCACCCUCUUACUCAUGCUGGCUCGGAAAAGCUGUUCCAGCAUGCCAAGCUGGCAGAAAACUCACUCAACAAUUAAAAAAAAAGGAGGUUUCUCUCGAGUCAGAGCACUGAAACAGCUCAGCCAAACGCAGGGCGUGCAACACCCCAGGUGAGGAAGGUGACCUAACCUGACCUGGCAGGUGGGCCCAGCGCCAAAGUUAACCCUGCCACGAGUAGCGGAACCGAGUGUAUCUUAUCCCAAAGUGUGUAAGACAGAGCAGAGCAGCAGCAGCCAGCGCGGGUUGGUGAUUUUGGGGGUGUCUGCGGUUUGGUGUGGGGCCAGCCCGGCUGUGCGAUGUGGCGGAGCCGUCGGGGAUGUGCCCGAGGCCGGGGCAGUGAGCGCCCGCCGCUCCCCCCGCCGCAGGCACCGCCAGCGCCCGGGAGCCGGCGAGGAAACUGCCACACCAGCCCUGGGUGGGCUGAACCUGCGGAACUGAAUCCUCGCUGACUGAGAACCAGGGUGAGCUGCAGCCCCCUCUGGGGUCAAGCUGUGCGCGGUGACAAAUGCAGAUAAACAGCUGGUGUUCGGGUGAGGUUACACGCAGGCUGCGGGAGCAGGGCUGCCCUGUCCGCUCCACGCCCGGCCUUGCCCUCCUGUUCCCGGCAGGGGAUGAGAUGGUCCGGUUUGCCCAUUCUGGCACAAAACCAGCUCGCGGGAAGUCCUUUCUGUUGGCUUAGCAGGACAAACACGUUCAGCAGAGUGCCACGAAACGCUCGAGCCAGCGCGGGCUGGGACCAUCCCAGGCGCUGGCAGACAAACUUUGGGACAGCUCCUGUGGAUCACCGCGGCGGGACGCGGCCGUCCCGGGCGCUGCCAGGCACAGCGUUCGGGAAAGCGCCUCUGGGAAAGCGCCUUUGGGAAAGCGCCUCUGGACCGCCCCGUCCCGCGCAGACCCGAGGAUCGCGAUCGCUAUUCACGGACCUCAUGAAUAUUCAUGAGGGCGCCCGCCUCCCCCCGCUGCCCGCCUCACGUGACGCCGCGAGGCCGGAAGCGGCCCUGCCGGCCGGGCUCGCGGACGCCGCGCGCCCGCCCGCCACAGCCACUUCCGCCCUUCCGCCAGCCCGGGCUUCCCCGCGCGCCGGCGCCCUCCGCGCUUCCGGUAACCGCGCGCGCUCCCGACCCCCGCCCCGACCUCCGGCCGCGGCCGCCUCGCCGGUGCCCCCGCCCCGGGGAACCUCCCCCGGGCCGCCGCCGCUCCGCCGCCCCGUUUUCCAGCGAAACCGCUGAUGACGCCGUUCCGCUCUUCUCGGCGACCCGGAAGCGCCGAGGCGCGCCCCGCCCCCUGACCCGGAAGCGCCUCCCGCUGUCUUUCCGGUGAGGAGGCCGCCGCCGCCGGAGCCGGGCCGGGGCCGCCGCUGGGGGGGAGCCCGAGCCGGCCCUGGAAGGAGGAGAAAUGCAAGAGGAGGGAGAGUGAGAGGGGAGGGUACCUUGGCAUCUGUCUGAUACUAGACUGGUGAAUAGGAAGAAGGUCCCAUCUCUGGCCCGUUUGUGGAAGCUGGGAUGAUGAAGGCCCUGCAGUGGGAGCGUGCUGUGGUACAGGGUUGAAGCUCCAGCCCAUGUCUGGUAGUUAUAGAGCAAUUGGAAGGGUUACGUGCAGAGUUCUGGUAAACUAGGAUGGAAGAAUCUCAUUUCAACUCCUCCCCGUACUUCUGGCCAGCAGUGCCCACCGUCUCGGGACAGAUUGAGAACACCAUGUUCAUUAACAAGAUGAAGGAGCAGCUAUUGCCCACAGAGAAGGGCUGCAGCCUGGCUCCCCCCCACUACCCUGCCUUGCUGACAGUCCCCACCUCUGUGGCGCUGCCCACUGGUAUCUCCAUGGACUCGGACACCAAGCCAGAACAGCUGACACCACACAGCCAAGCCCCUGUGACUCAGAACAUCACCGUGGUACCAGUGCAGUCUGCCGGGCUCAUGACAGCAGGUCCUGGUCUGGUGAUAACUUCCCCGUCAGGUUCUCUGGUGACCACAGCCGCCUCUGCCCAGACCUUUCCCAUCUCAGCUCCCAUGAUUGUCUCUGCGCUACCCCCUGGCUCCCAGGCAGCCCUGCAGGUGGUCCCAGACCUGUCCAAGAAGGGGACAACCACCCUCACUGAGGGGGGCGCACCGGGGGGAGUUGCCCCCAAACCACCCCGGGGCCGGAAGAAGAAACGAUUGCAGGAGUCAGGGCUGCCGGAGAUGAGCGACCCCUUUGUGCUGACAAACGAGGAUGAUGAGGACCAGCACAAGGAUGGCAAGACAUACAGGUGCCGGAUGUGUUCGCUGACCUUCUACUCCAAGUCGGAGAUGCAGAUCCACUCCAAGUCCCAUACGGAGACAAAGCCACACAAGUGUCCUCACUGCUCCAAGAGCUUCGCCAACAGCUCCUACCUGGCCCAGCACAUUCGUAUCCACUCAGGGGCCAAGCCCUACACGUGCAGCUACUGCCAGAAGGCCUUCCGCCAGCUCUCCCACCUGCAGCAGCACACACGGAUCCACUCCAAGCUCCACACGGCGAUUGUCAAGCCGCACAAGUGUCCUCACUGCUCCAAGAGCUUCGCCAACACAUCCUACCUGGCCCAGCACCUCCGCAUCCACUCGGGGGCCAAGCCCUACACCUGCCGCUACUGCCAGAAGGCCUUCCGCCAGCUCUCCCACCUGCAGCAGCACACACGUAUCCACACCGGGGACCGACCCUACAAAUGUGCUCACCCUGGGUGUGAGAAGGCUUUCACCCAGCUUUCCAACUUGCAGUCCCACAGACGGCAGCACAACAAAGACAAACCUUUCAAGUGCCACAACUGCCACCGUGCAUACACAGAUGCCGCCUCGUUGGAGGUACACCUGGCCACACACACGGUGAAACACGCCAAGGUCUACUCCUGCUCCAUCUGCAGCCGGGCCUACACCUCGGAGACGUACCUGAUGAAGCACAUGCGGAAACACAACAUCCCUGACCCCCAGCAGCAGGUGGUUCAGGCACAAGCCCAGGCCUCGCAGCAGCAGCAGCACUUCCAGCCGCAGGGCGGGGGGGCAGCAGGGGGCCCUUCUGGAGACACUAACCAACCCAACCCUCCCCCCCAGUGCUCCUUUGACCUGACUCCUUACAAGACUUCAGAGCAUCACAAGGACAUCUGCCUCACUGUCAGCACCAGCGCCAUCCAAGUGGAGCACCUCUCCAGCUCCUAGAGAGACCUCAGCCCAGGGAGCAGAACGCCUCUUGUGCAUAGCCUGUGCCAGGGGCACCGCUUGUGCAGCGGCCCUCCUCGUGCAACAGUUUCCGGCCUCUCCUCCUGCAACAGCCUCUUCUGGCCGUUCAACCCUGUUCAUGGCAGCCCCUUGAACAACAGCCUGUCUCAAGGGGGUGCUCCUUCUGUGCAACAGCCUGCCUGGUAGGAGGAUGCUUCCUUGUGCAAGAGCCCCUUUCCUGUGCUGGGAUCACUUCCUCAUGCAAGAGCCCCUCCUUUGAAACCCAAAGAAAGGCCCCUGUUUUGCCUUCUCUCUCACUGUAGGAUGUGUACGAAGCGGGGUUGCGUGUUGAGACACGCAUGGUGGAUGGGAUGGAGAGACGGCCCUUGUAUAUACAGGGGCUUGGACAUGUGUUUUUAGCAGGCCACAGAAGAAUGUGGCAGGGUUGACAGCUUGAUGGGGUUCUUUGAGGAUUGCCUUGAGUGUCUAAGAGAGAAAUAUCCAUUCCUGUCCCUCCUGCUUGUGAAAGGGAGGAGGGGUCGCUCGUCCUGCCCCAAGGACUGGAUGGGAGAAGUCUUCUCCCCAGUGGAAGGUGAGACCAGUGGAGGGGGGAAGAGGUGAGGCGUGUUCUCUGGGAUGGACAGGUGCCUGCACUGCCUAAGGGCUGUGGGGUAUUGCAUUCUUUCUCCCCCCACGCCGGUGGAGAGCAAUAGAGAGGAGUCUGUCUGAACUGGCUGCUGCCUCUCUCUCCCAGCUGUCUGAGCAGCAUGAUGGCCCCGUAGGAAUGUGGGUUCCUGCUCACUGCUCUUCCUGCCUGUUGUGGAUGAUAUCCUAGCAGCUUGUACUCCUCCUCCUCUCUCUCCUGCUUUUCCCCCCACCUCCUCAGAAAAGCCUGCAGGCAUCAACAACAAACCAAAAAGCAACUGGAGGGGAGGGUAAGAGACUGCCAAAAUAAUCUUCACCCUUCUCUCUACUCCCUUUCCUGAAAGGUGAAAUGACAACAGUUCUGACACUCACAUACCUGUCCUGCCCCCAGUUUCCCAAAGGGAAAGAGGAGGAGGAGGAGGAGGAAGAUGAGGAGGAGGAAUAGACCAGUCUUUUCAAGGAGCUGGCAGGAGGCAGGGAAAGGCUAGCUUCUCCUGCUCAUCUCCUGCCAGAGUGCUCUCCCGGGCUCCCUCUUGCCAAGACGGGCUGGACUCAUAUGGCAGUGGUGGCCUCUUCUGGACCCUGGUAAUGGGAGAGAAUCCCCAAAAGGUGGACAGUGGAGAGAAGGGGAUAAAGAUCCCCACAGAGAGACCAAUCUAAUGAGAAGGGGGAGCCAACAAGAAUAAACUGAAGGCCCCUUGAAUUUAUAUAUAUAUAUAUAUAUAAAUAUCUAUUCCCCACCCCGGCCCGCUCUGUCCUUGCUGUAACUGUUUCUAUCUCUGUGUUUAUAAAACGCAUUAUCCUGGCGAAUUUUUAUUUUCAAUCUUCGUUUGUUUUUCCCUUUCUCUUCGUCUUCAAUUCUCCUUCUUCUUUUUUUUUUUUUUUUAUUGGUCCACAUGACUGCUAGUCUUGUGUGUUACUUGUUAGUUCCUUUGGAUCAUGGAGGCUGACUUGGAAGAGAAUGAGAAGGCAAGGGAAAAAGCAUGUGUUGUUGGGUUUUAAAAUCAGUCACCCACCCAAAGCCUAUAGAAUCCCAGACUUCUGUAUGAACAACCAAUAGGGGCUUCUAUUUUAUUUUUUUUAACCACCCUGUAUAGAAAUAAAUUGGUGUAAAAGGCUCCUUGAAGGUGCUGCUGCGAGCA